AUGGAAUCACCUCCCACGAAUGAGGCCAUCUCCGCUGACACCAUUGCCGACAACCAAACUCCAUCGACAAAAUCAACAAGUCCACACUCAACCAUAUCCAAACCGAGCCCCAAACGCACAUUGUCCGACAUGGAACCGGCCGCCUGCCCAUCAAUUUUAUCAUCAUCCCCCUUAGUCAACCAAACCGCUGGGACAGACAGCGAUAACACAGCAUUCACCACCCCGGCUGCCACUUCCAGCCCUAUCGCUCACUCUUCCCCCAAGACCAAGCCAAAGCAGGAAAAGCCCCCCAGCCCUCCCAACGCAGUUAGCACGAACACCCAGGGUACCAUCCCCAAGCCCAAGAUCAUCCUCCUCCACCACGACACCAUCAUCGACGGGCGCCACAUAAUCACCCGCACGAUUCAGAACUGUUUCGCCGCCAUCCUCGGCCCAACCGUCAUACCGCCGAGCGAGGCCACGAUCCUGAACGCUUUUGCUCAUAAUGCCACGCUUGCUGAAGCUCUAGUUCAACUGGGUGCUUUUAAGUCUUCAGGCAAAUAUUCUUCCUCUGGCCCAAGCUCAGCUUUCUCUUCACAGUCUUCUUCUUCCUCUGCUUCUGCCGCUGCUGCAGUUGGUACCGACUCCAAUACCACCAAAUCCACCCCCAGAAGCAAAGGAAAGGGCAAAGCCAAAGCCACAACGGACCCAAGCACCCCCACGCAGGAGGAAAAGCAGUACGACUACCAACACGCAAUCGCCCACUGGACCCAAGCCUACCUCCACUACACCCACGAAUUCCUCUCCGAAUUUGACAUCUACUUUGAUCUUGAACCCUUCGUCAAGCAAAUGAAGCAGCAGGGCGUCGAGGUGGUUAUUCUUAUCGCUCAGGAUGGCUUUGACAAACCUUCGUCACCCGAACAGAUGCAGACCGCAAACAAGGACGGAAACGGAGACAAGGAUGGGAAGAAGAAGAAGCAGCCUGCGCAACCAGCGAAGGGCGUCAAGAUCAUUCAGGAGUUGGUGAGGCGCAUGGGUGUCACUGCUGCUGGUAAGGGAUCGAGGGGAUACCAGGGUCUGAGCAGACAGGCAGCUGGCAGCACGACGGUGGUGGUUGAUGGAAUUUAUGCAUCUGGUAUUAGCGGCGAGGGCGUUGCAAAGGUUUGGAGAGGCGAGGUCCUGCCCGCGGCUAUCGGUGGUGAAGGCAAAGCCUGUGAUGAGAAGAACACAAAGACCGGCAAAGCGAUGACGACCGAUUCCCCAGUAAUGCGAAAAGACGAGGUCAUCUUCGCCUGCUCCUCAAAGCAGUACCUUGCCCUAGCAAGGGCCAUCGGAGCGACGGCUUGCUGGGUUGUCAGGUGCGAGGACAAGGGCAAGACGACUGAUCAACAGGCGGAUCUUGUUGUUGGGGACCUUGAGAAGCUGGGUCAGCUAAUUGGUAGCAAGAUGGAAUCUAACGGCAAAGGCGAGAAGGCUGUGGUUGACGCGAGCCACAGCAGCAAUAGAAGCGAGGCCGGUACCAGCACCAAAGCUACCAAGGAAGACACGCCGAAGAAGGGAAACCCAAAGGUUGAGACGGAGGAUAUCGAGAUGCCGGACGCUGACCACGACGUCGUGGCGACUAUUGUGGUGCCGGACGCUGCUCUCACCGUUGAGGCCACGGCGGUGAAGCAAGACUUCAGAGGCAAACAGGAUAAGGAGGGUGAGAAAAAGAGCGAAAAACGCAAACUGGCUUCUCCUAAGACCAUGAAAGCCAUCAAGACCGAGGCUAACGACGACGACGACACUGUGGCUACCGUUGUGCAGAAAAAGAGUCCUACCACCGGCAAGAAGAGAGCGAGGGAGGAGGAUGAUUUGGAUGAGUGGCUCCCGGUGGAAAUGGCGGUGGGAAAGGGAGUGGAUGAUGUUCCGUUUGUGGAUCUGACGGAGGAAUCUUGA